AUGGGCUGCCACCAAAGCAAGUUGGCGAUGCAUGAGGAGCUGGCCGAGGAGCGCGCAAAUGCGAGCGGGAACGCAACAGCGAGUGCAAACACUGCAACCAAGAACACUGACACCAAACAACAAGAGCCAUUGCUCCCCGUGUUGUGGGAUGGUGUGUCGCGAUCAAAACGUGGCCAGUGGCAGCAGCGCCUGGCCGAUGCUGCGCGUGCCAAGCUGGAUCCCUGUGAGCGACCAGCUGAGACAUCGAAGCGUGUUUUGGAAGGCGACGCACUUCCCGACAGCGAGAUCCAGACACUGGGCACGCGACAGCCGGCCAUCCGCCUGUUUCUCUCCUCCACAUUCACUGACACGGAGGUGGAGCGCAACGCUUUGAUCGAGGACGUGUAUCCGUACCUCAAGUCCCUCGGACAACGCCUGCGUGUGCAAGUUUACCAGUCCUCCGAGAUGCGCUGGGGCAUCCGUUCUGAGGCCUCUGCCGCCCACGAAACCAGCGAGAUCUGCAUGCGGGAGAUCAAGAGGUGCCAGCAAGAAUCGAGCGGCAUCAGCUACGUGCUCAUCCUCGGCAACAAGUACGGCUUCCGCCCUUUUCCAGCCAAGAUCCCCGAGGAGGAGUUCAAGCUGCUGAAGGAGGAGAUGGCCAAACAAGCCAAGCAAACUGCGUCCACUCCAACCUCAGCCGCACUCAACAAGGCCAUGGAGUACAUGGACGAGUGGUUCGUCCUCAAUGAGAACGUCGUGCCGCCGACCCGCGAGCUCAAGCCCGUGCACAAGGAGCACUCUGAUGCGUGGUGGUCCGACAUCUUCCCCACGCUGCAGACGUGUCUGCGCCAGGCGGCAACGGGAGCUCCUGGGCUGUCUAACGAGCGACGUGCCCUGUACGUGCAGAGCGUGACGGCGGAGGAGAUUGACAACGGCCUGUUCAAGGUGGAGCCGAAAGAGGCGCGCGACAAGGCGUGCUUCGUCUUUGACCGGCGCCUGGAGGGCAUCGACGUUGCAUCGGACCCAGACACGGCCAAGCUGUUCAUCGACAUGGCUGGUGGUGAGGUGGACGAGGAGGCGCAGCAGCUGCUGGAGCGAUCGCGUGCGGAGGCGGUGCCGGCUGCGCUGUCACCAUCUCGCAUCAAGACCAUGUCCAUGCCAUGGGGACCAGGCAUCGACCUCGCUCGCACCGACCACGCAGAGUACAUGCGCACCUUUGCCGACGCCUUCUGCGACACGCUGGCGACGGACAUUGAGCGUGUUGCGCGCGAGCACGCGUUUGAGAGCGAUACAGUGGUGGAGGAGGCGGCGGCGCACGCCAUGUUCGGCAACCUGCGGCGUCGUGGGUUCGUGUCCACAGCAGCCACGCAGCAGACGGUUGAUGCUGCCCUUGCAUACGUGCAACAGCGCAUCACGAGUGGCAAGGAGGACACAGCUCCGUUUGCCAUCUGUGGCCCAUCUGGCAGUGGCAAGACCUCACUCAUGGCUCAUAUCGCAGGUACCAUGAAGGAAGCCCACCCAACUGCCGUUGUGGUGUCGCGGUUCCUGGGCACGUCGCGGGAGAGCGGCACUGCCCGCACCCUGAUGGCCAACGUGUACCGCCAUAUCCACCGCGCAGUGAAAGGCAAGGAGCCAGCAGCAUCGCCAGCAGCCGACUUUGAGACGCUGACAGAACAGUUUCAGGCCGCCCUCAAGCUUGGCACGGCUGUCAAACCUCUGGUGCUCGUGCUGGACUCGCUUGACCAGCUCUCAGACGAGGACCAGGGCCGCAACCUGGAGUGGCUGCCGCUCGCAUCGCUGCCGCCAAACUGCGCCAUCGUCGUCUCCAGUUUGCCGGAUGUGGGCGGAUGCUGGGAGGUGCUCAAGGCCACGCUGCCAGACGCCAACCAACAGCACGUGGCCAAGAUCAGCAAAGACGACGCAGACGGCAUCCUGAGCACGUGGCUGGCCGAUGCCAAGCGGUCCCUCACCCCUGCACAGCGCAGUGUUGUGCUGGGCGCCUACGAGUCCUGCUGCACAAAGAGCGGCCGUGUCGUGUGGUUUGAGCUCAAGGGUGUUCCAGCGUCAGCACGGCAGCCCACACAUUCGACUGCUGCAGAGGUACAGGCUGCUUUGGUACAGGCUGCAUGCUACGACGUCGAACGUCCCAGGAAUAGGGGUGUGGAAGCGCUCUGCCUCUUGCCAAACGGUCUCGACGUAGUCGCGCUGUGCACAUCCUACCUGUACAAGCUUCGAGCUGAUGGAGCAAAGGUGGCGGAGUUGCCAUACUCCAAGUCUCCGCAACGACCGGGAAGCACCAUGAGCUUGGCUGCUGCUGGAAACAUUCUGGUGGUGGGUGGGGGCCUGUCGGAAAAGGCAACCAAAGUGUGUGACGUGGACACGAUGACGUGGCUGCGCUCCGUGGGUCCAGCAUUCACGGGACUUGUUGCGCUCUCCCCAGAUGACACGCUGCUGGCAAUUGGAAAUCUAUGCAGGGACACGGUGUCUGUAUUUGACUGGCAGCAGAUUAAAGAACACAAGA